AUGCCGAAAGAAGGAAACACGCUCAAAUUCAAGGCGUGGUGUAAGACGGGUCGCCUGCCGUUCGUGGUAUACGCUGACUUUGAAGCCCUACUACUGAAAACGGGGCGAAAACAAGGUGAAAAUACCACUGCGAUACACGAACACCAUCCAAUGAGCUACGGGUACCAUGUUGUCGCGGUGGAGGGGGUGCCGACAGAGUUGCUCGACCAGUUCGACAUACCGCGAGCUCCGGUCAUUUUCCGCGGUUCAGCUACUCAGGACGAUGUUGCCAAACGCUUUGUCAGCGACGUACUCGGCGUGACCAAAAAGAUAGCAAGAUUAUAUAAGGAAGUAAAUGUACCGAUUAUUAUGAGUGUUGAGGAUUGUCACGUGCAUGACUUCAAGACAAUGUGCGACUUGUGCAAUUGUACGUUUAGCGAACGCAAUUGUAACACUGCACACCACGACCACUUGUCGGGACGUUUUCUAAAAACAUUAUGCAAUACGUGCAACCUUAAGUUGAAAACACCGAAUUUUGUACCGUGCUAUCUGCAUAAUCUGUCCAACUACGACGCCCAUUUUAUCGUAACGAAUUUGGCGUGCGACGGCGACAACAAUCGAAUAUCGGUAAUAGCGAACACCGAGGAGAAAUAUAUUUCGUUCUCGAAGUAUAUUAACAACUCGUUCUCCGUUAGGUUUCUAGACACGUGUCGAUUCAUGGCGUCAAGCUUGGCGCACUUAGCGGAGAACCUCACCUCCGCGAACUUUGAUAAGUUUCGUGAAGUCGCGAAAGUGUUCGCCCCGUCGGAGAUGGAGUUGGUUACGCGGAAAGGCGUAUAUCCGUAUGAAUAUACAGAUUCGUGGGAUAAAUUGGACCCUACGUCGCUACCGGAUAAGUUCCAAUUCUACAGCGCGUUGACGGAGACGCACGUGAGUGACGAGGAUUAUAGUCACGCGACCAGGGUCUGGAAUCAUUUCGGCUGCACCUCACUCGGCGCUUAUAGCGAUUUAUACCUUAAAGUCGACGUGUUGUUAAGCGCCGACGUGUUUGAGAAUUUCAGGGAUAUAUGUAUGGCCACAUAUCACCUCGACCCCGCACAUUACUUCACGUUACCCGGAUUCAGUUUUGACUGCAUGUUAAAGUUCACGAAAGUUCAACUUGAACUUUUAACUGAUUUCGAGAAAGUUUUGUUUUUGGAGUCUGGUACACGCGGUGGUCUGGUGCAGGCGAGCAAGCGCCACGCGCGCGCCAACAAUCUCGAGACGCCUGGAUACAAUGCCGACGAACCUAAAACGUCGCUCAUAUACUUAGAUGCAAACAAUUUGUACGGGUACGCGAUGUGUCAGUUUAUGCCGAUUGGAGAUUUCGUAUGGUACACGGGGAAUCCCGAGGUCGCGCUGGCCCAGUUAGAGUGGAUGCGCGCGACGGACGAUGUGGGUAGAUUUUACGAAGUGGAUAUAAUAUACCCGGAGGAUCUACACGACGCCCACAACGAUAUGCCGUUUUUGCCUCACGCCAGCAUUCCGCACGUGUCGACUGUCCGAAAGUUGAUGGUCACAUUUCUGCGGAAAGAACACUACGUGGUGCAUUAUAUGAAUUUAAAACAGGCCAUGACCCACGGCGUCGUAGUCGAAAAGACGCACAGGGUGUUAGAGUUCCGACAAUCCCCAUGGCUGGCUCCGUACAUUAAUCUCAACACGGACUUGCGGAAGCAGGCGAAAAAUAAAUUUGAAGAAAAGUUUUUUAAGGAUUUAAAUAAUUCAGUGUACGGGAAAACUUUCGAGAAUAUGCGUUUACGAUUUGAUUUGGAGCUUGUAUCGUGUCCAGUCCGAAUGCGGAAACUGAUAAACCACCCGACGUUCAAAUACUGCACGACUUACAAUGAAAAUCUUUCGGUCGUCACGCAGCAUAAUAAAGAAGUCGAUUUUUGUAAGCCGAUAUACAUAGGAUUUGCUGUACUGGAACUGAGUAAAGUUUUAAUGUACGGAUUUCAUUAUGACGUUAUGAAACGACAUUACGGAGAUAAGAUCGAGCUGCUUUAUACCGAUACUGAUUCACUAUUCUACCUCGUGAUGACCAACGAUUUCUUCGCUGACCUGAUAAAAAAUCCUAAUUUGAUGCGGUUUAUGGACACCUCAAAUUUCGCACACGAUCACAAGUGCUAUACAGCUGCUCGGAAGCGCAUUCCAGGACUUUUUAAAUUCGAGUGUGGCUCCAGAACCGUUUACGAAUUUGUAGCUUUGCGCGCCAAGUCUUAUGCGUACGACGUGGAAGAAGAGAUUACCAUUCGCGCGAAGGGUGUUAUGAGGCACGUGAUUCGUAAUCACCUCACUUUCGCCGACCAUAAGCGGUGCUUAUUAGGUGACGUGGACGACAAUGCAGAAUCCGACGAGUGUGACAAUGAGUUCGACGCAAAUAUGGGGAAAAUGAUCGCAGCCGAUUCCGCACUGAAAGCUUCGCCACCAUUAUUCCUCGAGUCUUAUGAUCCGCGUGACUUCAUGCUUACUGUAGCUGCAGAACACAGUGAACCCAGCGUCGAUUAUUCGCUCGGGUUUCAUGCCGGACAACAAUUUCCGUGGAAAUCACCCGAUUCAAGUCCGCCAUUGCAACAGUCUACGCAGGAGAUGUCGAGCUGGAAUUCACCGUCCAUCCUAAAUUUAUUAUCUGCACAAUUCCCCAACGAUAGAGAAAUAUUAAGUGAGUCUUAA